ACUAAUAACUAUAGUUAGCAAUGCGAGCGUGGUCACUCCCUCCCCAGAAAGGCGAGUAAAAGUAGAGCGUCGCUUGCUCAUCCAUUACACUGCAGAUCUUGCCAAAUUCAGUUUCCUUACAAACCUUUCCAACGUCACUCUGAAACAAUCGGUCACACACAACAAUUAAAACGGCAACCAAACGAACCCAUCAAACUUCCAUUAAAGAAGGAACAGCGCCUGUUCAAAUUGAGAACCAGAGAGAAACAAGCAAGCAGAGCAAACUAGCAAAUGGGUAGCCGCGGAAAGGGUCGUACCGUUUUGGAAGUAGGAGCUGAUGGCGUGGCUCUCAUCACCAUCAUCAACCCUCCUGUCAAUUCCCUCUCUUUUGAUGUAUUAUACAGCUUGAAGGACAAUUUUGAAGAGGCUUUGCGCAGAAAUGAUGUGAAGGCAAUUGUUCUUACGGGUGCAAAAGGCAAAUUUUCUGGUGGCUUUGAUAUUACUGCUUUUGGUGGACUCCAAGGGGGACAGAAGGACGAGUCAAAGCCUGGUUUUAUGUCUGUGGAAGUCAUCACUGACAUUUUUGAAGGUACUAGUAAACCUUCAGUUGCUGCCAUUGAUGGCCUUGCACUCGGGGGAGGAUUGGAGGUUGCAAUGGUGUGCAAUGCCCGAAUAUCAACUCCUAAUGCACAAUUAGGCCUGCCCGAACUACAGCUUGGACUUAUUCCUGGAUUCGGAGGGACGCAACGGCUUCCACGUCUUGUGGGAAUCGCAAAGGCACUUGAGAUGAUGCUGACAUCAAAACCAGUUAAAGGGCAAGAGGCUUGUGAUUUAGGCCUUGUCGAUGCUAUUGUUUCACCUGAUCAGUUGGUGAGCACCGCACGCCAGUGGGCCUUGGAUAUCUUGGAGCGUAGAAGACCGUGGGUUGUUACUCUUCACAAGACUGACAAGUUAGAGCCCCUUGGAGAAGCUAGGGAAAUGCUUAAAUUUGCAAGAGCUCAAGUCAGGAAGCAGGCUCCAAAUCUCAAACACCCAUUGGUUUGCAUUGAUGUUGUUGAAGAGGGUAUAGCCUCUGGUGGCCGGUCUGGACUUUGGAAGGAGGCUGAGGCUUUUCAAGCACUUCUGCAUUCUGACACUUCCAAGAGUUUGAUCCAUAUCUUCUUUGCUCAACGGGGAACAUCAAAGGUACCUGGGGUGACUGAUCGUGGUUUGGUGCCUAGACGAGUAACUAAGGUUGCUGUCAUUGGUGGAGGAUUAAUGGGGUCUGGAAUAGCUACAGCAUUGAUUCUUAGUAAUUAUCCAGUGAUCCUGAAAGAAGUAAAUGAUAAGUUCUUGCAGGCUGGGAUUGGUAGAGUCAGAGCCAAUCUACAGAGCCGUGUCAAGAAAGGAAAAAUGACUCAAGAAAAGUUUGAAAAGACCGUCUCUCUUCUUAAGGGUGUCCUGGAUUAUGAAAGCUUUAAAGAUGUGGACAUUGUCAUAGAGGCGGUUAUUGAGAAGGUUUCUCUAAAGCAACAAAUUUUUGCUGAUCUUGAAAAAUAUUGCCCACAACACUGCAUACUUGCAAGUAAUACUUCCACAAUCGACUUGAACCUCAUUGGAGAGAAGACGAAGUCUCAUGAUCGGAUUAUUGGCGCCCAUUUCUUUAGUCCCGCUCAUGUCAUGCCACUUUUGGAAAUUGUUCGUACUAAUCAGACGUCUCCCCAAGUUGUUGUCGAUUUGCUAGAAGUUGGGAAAAAGAUAAAGAAAACCCCAGUUGUUGUUGGAAACUGCACAGGAUUUGCUGUAAACAGAAUGUUCUUUCCUUAUACACAAGCUGGUCUUUUGCUUGUUGAACGUGGUGCUGACGUCUAUCAGAUUGAUAGAGUAAUCACCAAGUUUGGAAUGCCUAUGGGCCCAUUCAGAUUGGCUGAUCUGGUUGGCUUUGGUGUCGCUAUUGCAACUGGUUCGCAAUUUAUUGAGAAUUUUCCUGAGAGGACAUAUACAUCAAUGAUUAUCCCUCUGAUGCAGGAGGAUGGAAGAGCAGGUGAAAGUACUCGAAAAGGGUUCUAUACUUAUGGUGAUAAACGCAAAGCUAGCCCAGAUCCUGAAUUGAAAAAAUAUAUUGAGAAGUCAAGGAGCAUUUCUGGUGUUUCAAUAGAUUCUAAGCUAUUGAAGCUAUCAGAAAAGGACAUUGUGGAGAUGAUAUUUUUCCCUGUUGUGAAUGAGGCCUGUCGAGUGCUUGCUGAAGGUAUUGCUGUAAAAGCUGCUGACCUUGACAUUGCUGCAGUCAUGGGCAUGGGUUUCCCACCUUACAGGGGAGGUAUCUUGUUCUGGGCUGAUUUACUUGGAUCCAAAUACAUAUAUUCAAGACUGGAGGAAUGGUCAAAUAUUUAUGGUGAAUUUUUCAAGCCUUGUGCCUAUUUGGCUGAAAGAGCUGCAAAGGGGGCUUCUCUGAGUGCUCCGUCGAAGCAAGCAAAUUCUCGGUUAUAAGAAAGUUUUCCCAUUGCCUUUGGAGUUCUUGGUUCUAAUUUUCUUUAGUCCUAAAUACUAUUUUCUUUUCCAUGUUGAAGAUGGCUCAGCAACAAAUAAGGUUUAGGUAUAAAUAAAAAUGUACACGAGGAGAUAAGAACAUUUGGGAAUGUCAAAAAUGUAACAAGUGAUAACUUGGAUAAUAAUUAUUUUUUUAUAUGAGACAAGUUUGGAUGA